ACUUUCUCUUGGAUUCAAGCUCAGUCUCUGCAAUCGAAUCAUAGCGGCUUUCAAAAAUCGCAUCUUUUUCUUGAGUUUGAAUCUAUGUUGAAUCGCUAAAUCCAUGCGUUUAAUCUGGUUUACGUCGAGGUUGAGUUUCACAAGGCCUUAACCGUCAGGAGGAAUGGAGCUCCAUGUAUGGCGGAAGCGUAGGAGCCAUUAAUGGAGAUGCUGUUUUUUUGUUAGGAUUUUGUAUUUUCAAAUGGAAUUGAAAACUGGGUUAUCCCUGAAUCGGUCUGAAGGAGGUGGGAGAGGGCGGGGUGCCUGAACAACUAUACCUUGUAUCUUACACAAGCGCCCUAAGAACUGUCAAAUUCUGACCUUUUUUUUUUUCUCCAAUUUCUCGCUUUUCUGCGUCUGAGUUUUGGUCGUUGAGGUGAAGGUAAUCUAAAGGUGCUGAAAGAUUUGAGGGUGAUGGACCAUUCCAUCGUAAAGCUCCUGGAGGAAGAAGAGGAUGAGUCUAUGCAUUCUGGGGCUGAUGUUGACGCAUUCCAAGCUGCCUUAAAUCGGGAUAUAGAGGGCGAUAUGAAUCCUUCUCAACCAUGUGAUAAAGAAAAAGGAGUUUUGCCUCAAGAAAAUCAAACCAGUUUAGAAAAUACACAGAAGCAAGACUGUCAUUCAUCUGAAAUGGAGCAAAAGCAGCAUGGAUCUGUUUCUGAUAUUCAGCAACAGCAGCUGAAUGAUGGCUCUCAAGAAUUCAGUCACCUUCCAUUACAGCAGAGACAAAACCUAGAUGAUCAUCGACAAUCAGUUGCAGGGCAAAUGGCUGUCCAGGUCCCACAGACAACUGGGAUCCAUAAAUCUGAAAAGAAUUCUGUCCCGGCAGGUGAACCAGAAAGAAUAAAUAAUCAUGAUAGUGACUCACAAUAUCUGAAAUUGCAGCAGAUUAGCAAUCAACAGGCCAGUGGUACGCAGCAGACUAGCAUACCUAUGAAUCGUAGUAGACAAGUACCAUUUGGCAUGUUGCUGCCUGCAUUACUGCCCCAACUGGAUCCAGACAGAGCCAUGCAACUUCGUACCCUAUAUGGUAAACUGAAGAAAAAUGAAAUUGCCAAAGAGGGAUUUGUUCGCCACAUGAGGGAUAUUGUUGGGGAUAAAGUGCUAAAGUUUGCAGUUCAAAAUCUAAAUGCUCAGUUAAAUUCUCAGUCUUCUUCAUCAAGGCAAACACAGUUCACUGGUUCCCAGAAUUUCAGUCAGCUUCGGCAGAAUGGCAGUAGUUCUCCGGCAGAUUCAUCCCAUGCUCCCAGUUCAGCAGUCCCAAUGGAGACAGAUUCAACUGGACAAGGACAUAAACAGCAGCAGCCGCAGCGUUUGCACUUCCCACAAACUUCCCUUCCAAUCUAUGGAAAUAACAGUUAUGACCCCUAUUCUGGGCCAAAAGUCAAUACUCCAGGAUCUUCUCUGAAACCACAACCUCUUGAUCCACAAUUGAGACAAAUUACACAUCAUCAGAACAUGGGAUCAACUCCCGUAGGUGGGUCAACUCAAGCAAUGAAUGUGAUGAGUGGGUCUAAUUUUGAGAGACCAAAUUCCAUGAAUGAUCCAAAUAGAUUGCAGAGUGGUUCUCCUUCUCUCUUUAUGAACAAUUCAACAUUGCAGCAAAAUCCAGUCCCUAGGCAGUUAACUACAAAUAACGAACGUAAGCCUGUUUCGUUGUCAUCAAUGUCUUCUGUGAAGUAUGAGUCAGUUGAUCAGGGUACCGAGCAACAGCCAAAGUUGCACUUUUCUACCCCACAUGGAUUAUCUGCUUCACAGGUGGAACAGGGUAAUGCCAAACAAAUUCCAAAGGAUGACCCUGGAGAGAAGCAGACCUCUAGAAUUGCCUCCUCAAGCCCUGCCAGUGUGUUGGCCCACAAUUCAGUUUCUCCUUCACAGCCAAUGCAUUUGAACCCUAAUUCACCGUUGAGCUCUCGGGUAUCAUCUGUGACUUCUCCUGCUGGGGUUAAUUCAAGGACACCUCCAAAAAGGCCUUCUGCUGGCCAGAAGAAACCGCUUGAAGUCCUUGGUUCAUCACCACCUUUGUCAAGUAAGAAGCAAAAAGUAUCUGGGGCCUUUUCAGAUCAGAGCAUUGAACAACUCAAUGAUGUCACUGCUGUCAGUGGAGUCAAUCUCAGGGAAGAGGAGGAACAGCUAUUUUCUGGCCCUACAGAGGACAGUCGAGUUUCAGAAGCGUCGAGAAGGGUUGUGCAAGAAGAGGAAGAAAGGCUUAUUUUGCACAGAACCUCCUUGCAAAAGAAGUUGGCAGAGAUUAUGGUCAAAUCUGGUUUGAAGAAUAUAAGCAAUGAUGUGGAGCGAUGCCUAUCCUUGUGCGUGGGGGAAAGGCUGCGUGGAUUGGUAUGCAAUUUAAUCAGAUUGUCAAAACAGCGAGUUGAUGCUGAGAAGUCUACGCACCAGACUCUUACCAUUACCACCACAAAUACACAGCAACAAAUUGCAACAAUUAACAAAAAGACUAAGGAAGAGUGGGAGAGAAAGCAGGCUGAAGUGGAGAAGCUUCGUAAAGUUAAUGAGCCUGAGGGUGAUGGUGUGGGUGAUGCUGAUAAGGAGAAAGAUGAAGUUCGGGUAAAAUCACUGAAGGUGAACAAGGAAGAGGAUGACAAGAUGAGGACCACUGCAGCAAAUGUUGCUGCACGUGCUGCUGUUGGUGGAGAUGACAUGCUCUCAAAAUGGCAGCUUAUGGCUGAGCAAGCACGUCAGAAACGUGAAGGAGUGAUGGAUACAGCUUCUGGUUCUCAGGCUGGUAAAUAUAUGAACCGCAAGCCUCCAUUAGCAUCUGGACAAAAAACAAAGGACAAUCAAGAAGCAGAGAAGAGAGGUCCUCCUGGUCACAUUGGUGCUGCUAGAAAAUUUGGAAGGAACCAAGGUGCCAUGCCUCAAACAAGGGUAGCUCGUACCAUUUCCAUUAAGGAUGUCAUUGCAGCUCUGGAGAGAGAGCCUCAAAUGUCAAAGUCUACCAUGCUUUAUCGUUUAUACGAGAGAAUCCAGCCUGAGGCCAGAGCCGAAUGAUUGAGGUGCUCAUGGUGUCAACUUCCGGUGUCUGAUCACAGUUAACAAAAGGCAGUUUAAGAUGUCUCGUUCAUUCUCUUCAUGCUAGAGAUUCCAAUGUUAGUGCAGUUAAUUUAAUCUUCGGUCACAGCUCGAUCCAUAAUCACCAACCUUUGAGACCACAAUCAAUGUGUUUAUUUAUUUGUUUAUUUAUGUUUCUUUUUUGAGUGAGAAAAAGUGCUGGUAUUCCUUUUGGUAAUUUAUUUACAACAAUGCAGGGUACAGACUACAGAGAUUAUGUUGUUUUGGUAAUUUUAGUUUAUAUGUAAAUAUUUAUCACUUAUGGUCAUUUGGCCAAUUAGAUUGUUGAAUAAUAGCUUAUAAUUUAU